UAGCGGUGGUUCUUCUCCAACAUCACAAGAGUCUCCCAACUCUUUGUUAGUCCGCACUUCUGUUUGGUUGUGCAGCCAGGCUCCAAGGAAGAGAUUAGAGCAGAAAUCUCUGUAUGCUUAGAAUUUUCUAAGUCCACUCCCCAAGGACACUGAUGGAGGUAAAGAUCUUAUCAGGAGAUCUGUAUUUCUUAUCAGGUCCAUUAGUGGCCGACAGAGGACAAUUCGGGCAUGUCAGAGCAUAUAUAACUAGGAGCUUCUGGCCACCACUGCAUGCCCAGGAAUUGCUAUUUCCUGAGUACCUGGACCCAGGAAAGAAGCAUGAAGUGGCUUGUGAUAUUCGGGCUGGUGGCCUUCUCAGAGUGCUUAGUCACGAUCCCUCUAAGGAAGGUCAAGUCCAUCCGAGAAAACCUCAGGGACAAGGGCUUGCUGAAAAAUUUCCUGGAGAACAUUCUCAUGACCGAUCCAGAACCGCCUGCCGAAGAGUCUGCCCCUCAGAAGAAUAUCUCUCAACAACCCCUGAGAAACCACUUGGAUAUGAUCUACGUGGGCAACAUCACCAUCGGAACACCCCCCCAGCAGUUCAGCAUGGCCUUUGACACGGGCUCAUCUGACACAUGGGUGCCCUCUAUCUACUGCCAAAGCAUGGCAUGUGUUACACACAACACCUUCGACCCUUUCCAAUCCACCACCUUUCAGUUGCCAGGCAUCGUCAUCGAUCUGCAUUACGGCUCUGGGACAAUGACCGGACUCCUUGGCUAUGACACCAUUCAGAUGGGGGACCUUAUCAUCAAGAACCAGACAUUUGGCUUGAGCCUGACAGAGGAUGACAUAGUCUUUGAACAUGCAAUCUUCGAUGGCAUCCUAGGCCUGGGCUAUCCCAGCCUCGCCAUCAAAGGGACCACCCCCAUCUUCGACACUAUAAUGAAUCAAAGCCUCAUUUCUGAGCCUGUCUUUGCCUUCUACUUGAGCACCGAAACAGAGUUAGGCAGCGUGGUGAUGUUUGGCGGCGUGCUCGACUGUUACUACAAAGGAGACCUCAAGUGGGUGUCCCUGUCGAAACCCCACUACUGGCAGAUACCCUUGGAAAGGAUCAGCAUGAAAGGGAAGAUUGUUGCAUGUAAACGCGCUUGUCAGGCCGUUGUGGAUACUGGGACCUCGUUGAUGAUUGGCCCAAGGAAACAAGUCUACAACAUCCAUAAGCGCUUCAGUGGCUAUUACCUCCAGGACCUGUACGUAAUCCCAUGUCAAGACAUCAACACCCUCCCUGACAUCGUCUUCACCAUUGAGGGCAUCGACUACCCAGUGCCAGCUCGAGCCUAUGUUCAAAAGAGUGCUAGAGGACUGUGUGUGAGUACCUUUCAAGGACGGAGAAGUAGGUCAACCCGCAAGCAACUCUGGAUCCUGGGGAACGUCUUCUUAAGGUUGUACUUCACCGUUUUUGAUCGAGGACAGAACAGGAUUGGCCUGGCUCCUGCUGUAUAAAUGCUGGGGCUGCUUCCAGAAACAAUCAGGCCCAACCCCCAAACACACAUUCACUCACACCUAGGGCAUUCUCGCCCAGGGAGUGUGGCUUGAACAGCUUUGGUGCGUGGCAAAGCCCUGUUCUCAGUGAAGAAUAAAGGAUUGCCUUUGCAACCAACUGGGGCCGCUCUUUGAGUCAGGGUGAUGCUUCAUGACUGCGCAGGACUUGAUGACAUAGUCUGAACCACAAGUGAGAGGAGCCCACCUCCACGAGAUUUCCAAAGGAAGGGCAGACUUCUUGGAAGGAUACUGGGGAUUGGGGAUGCAGGAACCAGAGCAGAUCCAAAGAUCUCAGUGACUGGACCCAAGUCGUCUAGCCUCACCGCUUUCAUUGCUCAGGCUUCUAAUCAUAUGGAAGAACUCCACAGAGGCCUGCCCAAGGGUUUUCUCUCCCUAAGGUAUAUCUAAGCCCUAGGGAAACAAGCACGGAAAAGAUCCAGGAGACAAGGGAUGCUCUGACUGGCCCACCUGAGGUCAUGGGUCCAACCCCAGACCAACCAUCGUGGAGGAGGUCAUGGGGUACCAUGAUUGGCUUAACUGGGUCACAUGGCCUCGCAGGGCAGCGUCUGACUGACAGGGUUCUCCAGAACCAUGUGACUGGACGGGGGAGAAUGGCCUCAAAGGUAGUGUGGCAGAGGGAUGUUCUAUUUCAAGGAAGAGUUUGGGACUACUGCAGCAAUUCUGUCACUUUCUCAGAGGGGUGGUAAGGGGUAAGAAAAGGCGAAGCAAGGAGUUCCUGGGUGGCCUGGCAGUUAGGGAACGGGAUUGUAGCUGGGG